AUGCCACAAGAUGUCAUCAAGUAUGGAUUCACCAUUGAGGGCUACUCCCUCCUGCCUGUAAGCCACUCUGGAAAGAUGGAGGAGAGAGUUCUGAUCAAAAAUGAAGUUACAGCAUUAGAAAAGGAUGAUGUGCUUGAAGGUUUGAUCUGUCUGGUUGGAAAUGAGGAACAAUUUGUAAUUAGGCUGCUGGGUUACAUUGCAGGUUACCAAGUAGGGGGAAGACAACCAGCAAAGACUCAAUGGUAUGAUCGCAAGAACUAUGUGUUUGUUGAGUUCUGCGUAGAAGAUAGCAAGGAUGUUUAUGUUAAAAUUGAAAAAUUCAGGCUGAUCUUUAGUUGCAAAACGGCAGAUAAUACCGAACUUUACAAUAACAUUGAACUGUACAGCAAAGUGGAGCCAAAUGAUUCGAGGCACAAGCGCUCAGAUAGGUCCAUUACUCUGUUCAUGAGGAAAAUUGAAGGUAAAAAAGCCUGGCCAAGGUUAACAAAAGACAAAACCAAGCACGCGUGGUUAGCUGUGGACUUUGAUAACUGGAGAGAUUGGCACGAUGAUGAUGAGCAGAUGAUUGACUUGGAGCACUAUGCAAAUAUGUUGAAAGAUCUAAAGGACACCGGGAAGCCUCCUACAAUGGAUGAUCUAGACGAUUAGCUUCAGGAUAAUGUUGAAGGUUUAUAGUCAGAAGAACACCAGCAGCACAAAACAGGAAGAAGCCACAAAAGCUGUCAAAACAAUUUUUUUGUAUUGAAUUUUUUAAUCUUUUAGAAAAUGCUUCCUCAUAAUAGCAACUGCUGAAGAUUGGCAUAUUGUCUAAUGUCUAUUUAAAUUGAAUCAUUGGCUGUAUUUGAGGUAUGAAAGAAAACUGUGAUCUCCAGACUGUUCAGUACAUGCCUUGAAAUUGCACAUAAUUGUGACCAGGAUUGUACUAUACUGUCUA